GUGAAUCAAAGGAAACCCCAACUUUUGAAAAGACUUCCUUUUUGGAGUUAUCUUUCUUAUACAGAGAAGUUUCUAAUAUAAUUCUAAUUGAUUCUUGUUCAAUCUCAAGUAUUUCUGAGCAGAUAUCUCUAUUCACAGAAAUAUACACCUUGGGGAAAAAUAGAGGUUUCUGGUUCCUCAUAACCACUAGACAACAGGCGAAUAAACACAUGAUGGGUCUGGAAGAACUUCAGAGUAAACGAAGCCAGUAUUCCCAGUUUAUCCCUUGGGCCCUUGCUACUGUUUGCAUCUCACUUCUCAGCGCCUGUUUUAUUGCAAGUUGUUUGGUGACUCAUCACAACUUUAUACGUUGUAAGGGACGAAUGGAAAUCUUCAAGUUCCCAGAGCACCACCGGAAGCUAACAUGCAUCAGAGAAGAGCCAGAACUGAGACGCACAGGGGGUACCUGGAAUUGUUGUCCUGUUGACUGGAGGGCCUUCCAGUCCAACUGCUAUUUUUCUCUUAAUGACAACAAGACGUGGGCUGAGAGUCAAAGGAACUGCUCAGGGAUGGGAGCUCACCUGGUGACCAUCAACACAGAAGCCGAGCAGAACUUCACAACAAAGUUUUUGGAUAGACGAUUUUCAUAUUUCCUGGGACUUACAUAUGAGAAAAUCGAAGGUCAGUGGCAGUGGGUGGACCAGACACCCCUUGACCCGCACAUGGCGUUCUGAGUCCAGGAGUAUAUGCUUGGUAAGAUUCCAGGAAAAAUGAAUCUUGAAAGAUGAACACUUCAUCUGCUUUCAGAAAGUUCAAUUCUAACAAGACUAAGAGUGUUAGCUCAUUCUGUAGCUGUGCGUUCAAGUCAGGACUUCCCAUCUUGCAUAGAAGAAGGGGGUGACUGAGCAAACUGCCACUCCUUUCUUACGAAAACAAAGUGAGGAAACGAUGAAAUGGUAACCACAAACACAAGUAGGCUGACCAGGGGAAAAUAUGAGAGGCCUAUUUUGAUGGAUGCAAUGUCUCACUUUCUCUAAGGUCUAAAUCAUUCCCACUUUUUCCUCGACGCUGUUGAGCUCAUCUCUUUUUACUAAUUCCACUUUUGAUCUGUAUCAUGUACACAUUUGUUCAUUGAAAAGGAGACUGAGAUCUAAUACCUGACAGCACUUAGCAUGGAGCUGGACACAGUGUGCAUUUAUGACUAAGCAACAAGAAUUUCCUUCCAUCUUUUAUUUUUUCCUUCUUCAUUUGCAGCUGUCAAAUAUGUAAUGUCAUGGAUUUAUAUCCCUUUAUCAAACCACUAGGUUUUUACACAGGUCUGCCUUAGCUGACCAUUCUUGAUAAACACAGCUGCCUUGAAACCUAGCUCAAUUUGUUCCAACAUCACACAACUUCUGGAGUUUUAAAGACUCAGCAGUUAUUCAGAUUUAUUUGGGAAUUUUUGGUUCUAUUAUUGCAAUGUACAGCAGGAGAAAUGGAUUUGAAUGUUGGAAGAACAAACUUCAAUUAGACAUUAGAAUGCCAUGCUUCUCUGGAAUAUUAUUUAGGUCUGUGCCAUUUGCUUUCUUAAAGAUACUUAAAGAAAAGAUCACACUAGUCUCAGCUGUGUUAAGUUCACAAGUGUUAAGAAGCAGAAGUAUCAUAUUCAUGACUUUCAAUCCCCAUAAUUUGAUGAAUCAGACAUUUCAUGUGUUAGAAAAUAAGUUUGGACUCAUGGGGACUUUUUACUAUUUUAAAAGGUUGGAAAAUUUCCUCUACAUUCCUCAUUUUGUAGUAAUAUAGAUUUAUUAAAAUGUUUGAAAAUCUAUAUGUGAAUUGCUGUGGUUUGGGUUAGUAUUUCUCAGAAUGUUUCUAUAAAGGCUUGUUCCCAGGGUGGAGGUUUUAGGAGGUACUGUGGACCUUUAAGAGGAGGGUUUUGUGGGAUGUCCUUGGCUUCAUUGGGAGCAUGACCUUGAAGAUUUUUAUGACUUGGUCCAUCUUUCUGCUACCUGGUCACUGCCAUGGUGUUACCUCAUCUAAGGUCGAAGCUGUCGGUUGGAUCAGAACCAUGAGCAAGAAUAAAUUUUUCUUUAUACUUCAUAAGUGACUGUGUUAGGCAUUUUAUUAUAGUGAUGGAAAGCUAAAUCAUGUAUGUGAAUUCUUCAAUAUGUAAUAUGUGUGUUAUUAGCAAAUGCCUUUUAACCAGUAAAA